GUAAUUUUUGGCAUGCAAUGGAUACAUGUUCAUGUUCCGUUAGUGUUGGAUUGUGCGUAUCGGGGUUAAGUAUUUUAUGAGGGACAUAGUAUAAUAAGCGUCAGCAGAAAUCUUGAGGCUGUGGAGACAUGGUGGGCUAUGACCCCAGCAAUCGGGAAGCAACCCCCUCUCCAGAAGAGGCAGCGCUGGCUGGGUCAGCUGCUGGGAUGGUCACCCGAGCCCUCAUCAGCCCCUUUGACGUGCUUAAAAUUAGAUUUCAGCUGCAGAUUGAACCUGUGUCUACACGGAGGGCAGAGGGGAAGUAUCGGGGAUUGUUUCAGGCGUCCCGCUGCAUUCAUUCAGAGGAGGGACUCUCUGCUUUCUGGAAGGGCCACAUCCCUGCACAGCUCCUCUCCAUCUGCUUUGGGGCUGUCCAGUUUGCCAGUUUUGAGUUGCUGACUGAGGUGGUCCACGAGACGACGCCGUAUGACAGCCAGACAGCAGGAGUUCACUUUGUGUGUGGCGGUUUGGCUGCCUGCUCUGCUACAGUGGUCUGCCAGCCCCUGGACACACUGCGGACACGCUUUGCAGCUCAGGGAGAACCCAAGGUGUACAGCAACCUGCGACAUGCUGUGUCUACCAUGUGCCGCUCAGAGGGAGUACUGACAUUUUAUCGCGGCCUGUCUCCAACACUGAUGGCGGUGUUUCCUUACGCUGGGCUGCAGUUCUUCUCCUACAACGUCUUUAAAAAGCUGUUGGCUCCACCGCCCAAAGCUGGAAACUCAGGAGCAAACCUGAGAAGCCUGGUGUGUGGCAGUGGAGCUGGAAUGAUCAGCAAAGCAAUCACAUACCCCUUUGACCUGUUCAAGAAGAGGCUGCAGGUGGGGGGCUUUGAGGCAGCUAGAGUUCACUUUGGACAGGUGCGAAGCUACAGAGGCCUCGUGGACUGCAUGCUUCAAAUAGCCAGAGAGGAGGGCGUCCGAGGCUUCUUCAAAGGCCUCUCACCCAGCCUUGUGAAGGCUGCAUUGUCAACGGGUUUCACGUUUUUUUGGUAUGAAUUUUUCCUCAAUGCCAUGCGAAACCUCAGGGAGGAACAGACAACAAACAGCCUCGCCAAAGACUUCGAGGAAAGAUAAUGAAGGGGAAGAAAAAAGUAACGACGGCACAAUCACGCACACGGGAAAUGGACUCAUUCCUUGUUCCCUGCUAGCACUUAACACAUUUAUCAACAGGGUCGAUGUUCUGUGGUGGUUUCUAUUGUGUUUACAUGUAAGGAUGGGAAACAUAACCUCAUUUUAUUUGUCUUUGUGCUGUCAUUACACCUUGUGUUGUACAAGCAUUGAAUUUUUAAGAUGAAUUUAAUGUUUUAGGCUGGAUUUCUACGGUUUAUGGAUGCUUGCUUUUAAUGUUAAUGUUAUAAUAUUUCAUGUUCAAACUGAGCUUGCACAUUGAAACCUCCAACUUUUAUUAUCGACUCAUAACUUUGCCAUUGUUGACUCGCAUUUCAUUAAAUUGGAAGGGGAGUAUUCAGAAAAAAUGUGCUUUGUGGUUGUACUGUGUGAACACUGAAGUGGAAUAUUUAUUAUAUUAUGUGUUGUGGUGGGCAAAACGGCAUCCCGUUAACUAUCGGCCAAAUGAACGGCUAAUUAAGAGUUUAGUUGGUUUGUCCUGUUAAGUGGAACUCUUAAAAGUGCCUACAUGUCUGUCCAACAGUGUAACUGUCAGGUCAUUAUUUUUAAAUAAAGGUUUUUUAUAAAGUC